ACAGGAGGGCGCAACAGCCCCGCCUUCACGCCCUGACACAGCGGUGGUGCGGAAUGUUUGCUACUUUUUUUGUCAGUUCACCAUGAAAAAUGGACAAACAUCGCAGUUUGUGCAGAGAUGACAAUCUAUAAUGGAGUUUUACGGAUACAUACUCCUGUUGCAGGGCCUUGCUGUGCUUGGUUCCGCAGCUGCAGACAGGGGGGAGACUCAGACAGCAGAAGCCCAAAGGCACACAGCUCUCGGCUUACAGGAAGUGGUUAUUGUGAUCCAGAGUCAACAAAAUCCCUUCCACGCUCGACGAGGAGAAAUCAAAAAGAAGGAACUACUGAAGCAGGCCGCUGAUUUGGGACAGGGACCUCUUCACAUAAUUCUUCUUCAUGAAUUUUCUGAUUAUGAAGGUGUCUGGAGCAUCCUGCCUGCUCUUCCUCUCUUCUCUGCAUCUUUCAGUUCGGUUUCCUGGUUUUUGUUCAUUGAGGAAGAGACUCAGGUGUCACUGAAUCCACUGCUCACUGUGCUCAAGAGAUAUCCAGCCACUGAGGAGUGGUUUCUAGGCAGGCGUCUCCAUGACAGUGAGGCCUCCAUCAUUCAUCACUACGCCUUUGCUGAGGACCCCAGUGUCUUCGGUUACCCCGACCCAGCGGCAGGAUGGGCCCUUAGCUCUGCCCUAAUCCACAGACUUGUUGAAAGGAUACACCAUGAACACUUGAAAUCAGAUUUUACCAUUGACCUGAAACACGAGAUUGCCUUGUUUAUCUGGAACGAAGGGAAGGGACCAAAACUGACUCCUGUACCAGAGUUUUGCAGAGAUGCCAAGGAACACUGUGUGACCACCUUCACCUCAUAUCUCCCAAACUGUGGACCUCCUGUGUCAAAGAAGGACCUAUUUGUUGCUGUGAAGACGUGGCAGAAAUUUCAUUCAGAGCGAGUGCCUGUAGUAAAGAAGACGUGGGAGAAAGAUGCAGAGUUGCUGGAGUUCUACAGUGACAUCAGCGAUGAGACCAUUCCCACCAUCAACCUCGGAGUUCCCAACACCGUCAGAGGCCACUGUGGAAAGACAUUUGCAAUUAUGAAGCGUUUCUUGAGUGAUGCUGUGCCAAAGACUGACUGGUUACUGAUCGUGGAUGAUGACACACUCAUAAGUUUGCCAAGGCUGCGUCGUCUGCUGACCUGCUAUGACCCUCAAGACGCUGUAAGCCUCGGGGAGAGAUAUGGCUAUGGGCUGGUCCAAAGCGGAUACAGCUAUCCCACAGGAGGAGCAGGGAUGGUGCUGAGUCGAGUGGCUGUGUCUGAGAUCGUGUCCAGCGGCUGCAGCUGUUACACUCUGGAUGCUCCUGAUGACAUGGAGCUGGGAAUGUGCCUCAAAACUCUGGGCAUCCCUGUCACGCACAACCCACUCUUCCAUCAGGCCCGGCCAGAUGACUACGCAAAGGCACUUCUGUCUUCAAAGGAGGCGAUUUCAUUUCACAAACACUGGAACAUCGACCCCGUUGCUGUUUACAACCACUGGCUAAGGGACACCAACCAGCGAGACGAGCUGUGAAGAAAUUUCAUGCACCUUAAAGUUGAAUUGAUCAAAAAGCCAUGGAAAUAGUAUUAAAAUAUUGGACCAAAAGCUAUACAAUAUUAUGUAAGCACAUUUAAUAGACAGUGCAGAGUAGACAUUCAAUAAGGCUAACGCUAUAGGCUAAGACCAGUAUUUAAACUAGGAGUGUUUUAGUUCAGGGGAAAUUAUUUAUAUCCCAUAAUUGUAAAGAAAUGUUAUAAUUUGUGCCUUUGAUUAUAUCUUGUGGCUGGAGUUAGGAUAUUUUGCCCUGUCUUGCAAUGACUAAAAACACUAUAUUGUUCUGUAAACUGAAAAAUGAUUAAGAAUCCACAAAACCUAAUUAUUUGUUGACUAGUGAUGUGAGAUCUAAUAUCUUUUAUUAUAUCACAAUAGUAAACUACCCUCACACCAUUUUAUUCCUAGUCGAACUCAGCCCCAUCCCGUAAAUGUUAACAAAAUCCAGUCAUUACAUUACAAAUGAUUCUGCCUUUAAGCCAACAAAUGCAGAGAGAAAUACUGCCACAUAGAAAUAGUGCUCUGUUGGACUUUGAUGACCUGUGAAACUAGUCAAAAAUAUUUAAUUUGUUUUCUCUUAGAUAAUAGAUAAUUGUGGAUAAAUAUCAAAGAACAUACCAGUUUGAGCUGAAAAAUAGUAUAGCAUAAUACAUACACAUAUACUGUACAUAAAGUGAUGGGAAAGCAUUCAAAAAUAAAAAUGGAUGUUAAAUGUGUAUAUCAUGCAGUCAAACCUGGGGCCUUACCAUUUAUUUUAUAUUUUAUACAUAAAAUAUCUCAAAUAUACAGAAAAUGUGAUAAAUAGUGAAAACCUUAUGCAAAAAUAUGUCUUUUAAUUUCAUAUUCAUUUGUGAUUAGACUCUUUCACACUCUCAAGGUGAGGGAAUAAUUUAUUUACGUAACAGUAUACCUUCAAAGUAGUUAUUAUAAAGUGUAUGUUAUUUUCCCUCCAAAAAUUAGCAUCGUACUGUCACCACCUGGUAUUUAAUGAAAUGGAAAGUAUUUUGUAAUAAAUGGAUGUUGCUCUG